CCGUUUUCCAAGUUUCUACUCGUUCUGCCAACGGCCGUAAUCUGGCGGUUCCAACAUUUCUUUUUAAUAAGGAAAUCCGUUUUCCACAUAAUAAUAUUAUUUAUUUGAAUAUUUCCAUGUUAUAAUUGUGGCUGCCGAGUGCCGGUUAGGCGUAUUUCGUAGUUAGGAAGUUAUGAAUGUUAAUUGUUAUUUGUUAAACACAAAUCGCGGUAAAUAAGUGCUGGUACUAUUAAUUUGUUACUGUAACAGUUAUCAGAAAAAUUUAUUUCUCUGAGGACUCGAUUCACGUUUGGCAAUUACAGAGUUGGUGUCACUACGAUUUAAGUCCGUUCUUUCAAGAAUCAAGGUUCAGUUUAUAAUUGCUCUUAAAUUUCCAACUUAGGCACUCUCUUAAAUGGCAUUUGAAACUAAAAAUUCUGGUAAGCCAAGACAAGUGAGGGGUACUACUGCAUAUAAAUAUCGAAAUUUGUAUGUGUUUGGUGUAUUGGCUGUCAGUGGACUUAGUUGGUUCCUGUUUGAACAAUUGCCAUCUACUAAAAAACUAAAUGAACAAAUCAAAAAUGGUUAUUGGGAUCGUACAGCAGAAGAAAAUUAUAGAUUAGAAAUGAUUAAAAAUAAUUUCAAUCCUGAUACAAAGAAUCUAAAGCAAAGAAAAGAAGAAGUUAUGUCGAAAAAGGAUGAAUUUUCACCAAUAAAAAUAUAAUUUAAUA